AUGCCUUCAGAACAGGGUCACCGACGUAAGGGACGUCACCUGUCCUACCAACGUAGCCGCCACACUACCCAUUCCCAGACCAGCCUGGUGAAGAUUGAGGGUGUCGACACCAUUGACGCCGCCAACUUCUACCUCGGCAAGAAGGUUGCGUACGUCUACAAGGCCAAGAAGGAGAUCCGUGGAUCCAAGAUCCGCGUCAUCUGGGGCAAGGUCACCCGCCCUCACGGCAACUCGGGCGUUGUCCGUGCGAAGUUCCGCCACCCCCUUCCCACUAAGUCUUUCGGUGCCUCGGUUCGCGUCAUGCUUUACCCCUCGUCGAUAUAA